UGCACGUGCUGGGAUGUUGAACAUGGUUCAAUACAAUGGCUAUUACUCAUGUCCAUGGUGUUUCCAUCCUGGAAUAUGUAUUGAAGGAUAUGUCAAGUUCCCAGUGACAGAAGGACCAUCUCCUAACACGACAGGACAAGCCCUAAUCGAGGACAAGAGGGAAGCUGCUGCUACUAGCCGAAUAGUUCGCGGCAUUAAAGGGCCAUCUGUGCUUCUGACUGUUCUUGGCAUCAGCAUCAUCAAAAGUUUCGUGCCCGACUAUAUGCAUGCGUGUUUGCUGGGAACAGUGAGGCAGAUCACGGACCUGUGGUUCAGUGAUGUCGGUGCUGAUUACUAUAUUGGUGCUCCAACAAAACGUCAGCUGAUCGAUGAGAGACUUCAAAGCUUAAAGCCUCCAUCCUGCUUCACACGAUGUCCAAAGUCUGUAAAGCAAAGAGGAUUCUGGAAAGCGGGAGAACUACAGUCGUGGUUGCUGUACUUCAGCCUUCCAUGUGUUUACGGCAUUUUGCCCAGCACCUACCAUGACCAUUUUGCAUUACUGGUGGCAGGCAUCUAUCUGCUGAUGAAAAGCAGAGUAACAGAAGAUGAUGUGGCUCUCAGCAACGAGAAGCUGACAAGGUUCGUUGUGAUGUUGGAAUGCCUUUACCACAAACGUGAAAUGAAGUCGAAUGUCCAUGUACUCCAUCUACCCAACAGUGUCAGGCUACAUGGCCCUCUGUGGGGCAUCUCCUGCUUUGCUUUUGAAACUAAUAUGGGACAUCUUCUAAACCUGGUGUCAUCAUCGAACAGUGUACCACUGCAGAUAUUUUCCCGUAUUUUAAUGCGUAACAACUUCUACCAGUUGAGAAGUUUGGCGUCGGACAACGUGCAGGACUUGUGCAGCCACGAAAAGCCAAGCCUCGGCGGCACAAUCGAGCCACUUAGUAAAAGCAAAGCCUGUUUCCCAGCCAAUUCGAGAAUGUGUCAAGGCACAGUUUGGAGAACCACAGAGGAUUGAGGAGUAUGACGGUGUCUCUAUUGGUGGCUACAUUCUGCACAGUGUUCAGUAUAGCCGUCCAUCCAAAAGAGAUUCAACUUCUUUGCAGCUUGGAGAGGAAUACCUCAGAGCGGAAAAUAUCUGAGUGCUUUCUUCUGGUGGUAAAAAAUCUAUCCAUAUUUUAUCGCACGUGUAUGACACAGAGACAGUAUGCUCUGUAGGUCAUAUAACAAGGGCUACACAACGUUCCCCGAAGGUUAUCCGUGAACUUUCUCCAAGUAUGAAUCGGUAUGUGUACUUGACCAUUGGGGAAGAUAAAUAUUUUGUGCGGCUCUGCAACAGGUAUCAGUGGACCUGAGAUAUAGUGUGUAACAUCAAGAGCCUUCCAUCAGUGUACAUUUGUAGCAGUGCACAUUGUUGCACUUUUCCCCAUGUGAUGGUCAUGAUUUUCUGUAUCUGAAUGACACAAGGCUAUCUAUUUUCUUUCAUCCAUUAAUAAGAUGUGCGUGUUACUGACACUGUUGCUCCCCUUCUCAUCACAUUUAUUUUGGAGAGGUUCUUGCUGGUCUCUUAAAGCAACCACUUUGUAUUGUAUUGAAUCACCAUCAUCAUCAAAUUAAGAAAUUGAUUUCAGGCAUCAAACACCACAAGAUGAUAGGAAGUGCAAAUGGACCACUUAUACCAUGACCAUAACCGUUAAGUAUCAUGCACUUAAACUGUUAAAAAAUGCAGCUGAAAUGAGUAUCAUGCAAGUUAUAAACACUGCACCAUCUGCAAAUUGUCCUGUAAAGGUGGCUUCAGGUAGUUAUUUCUAAAGCAGGCUGAUAGUUUGAAUAUAUUCAAAAUAUUAUGAAAAAGGCUGAUCAGUUGAGGAAGGCCGCAUCCCGUU